CAAAACGUAUAGCUGUAAUAUGGAGACCACGAGAGUGUUUGUGUAUGUAGUGGUGUUACUUUUCUGUGUGGACAACGUCCAAUGUCAAACGCGGGAUGAUGUGGACUCCCUUUAUCGGGACUUAUUCAAUACUUCAUACAACCCUCUAUCUCGUCCCGAAUACAACCAGUCGAAACCCACAGUCAUAGAUUUCGAGUUCCACUUGUUAUCUUUUGUUACUAUUGACGAAACUAAAGGUGUGUUUUCAGUUACCGGUUUCCUUUCUUUAAAAUGGACGGAUCCUCGUUUGGCAUGGAAUCCUAGAGAUUAUGGUAUGACUACGAGCAUAAUCCUUCCUCGCAACAAGGUAUGGAAACCAGAAUUCAUUAUUGUAAAUCCGGCGUCUUCAUUAACUUUAUUUGGGCCUGACGAGUUUCCCAUACGAUACACCUACGAUGGUAAAAGUAUUUGGAAUGUUGGGGACUUAAUGGAGGCCGUAUGUGAAUAUGACGUCACAAAAUUUCCUUUUGACAAACAUUCAUGUGAAAUUCAACUCUUCCCAGUUGGAACUUUGGCUCAUGAAAUCGAAUUUACCUCAACACGAACAACGGUUGGUCUAACAUCUUUUAAAGAAGGAGGGGAAUGGUCACUAAUCAAGUCAGAAGUAUCCUUCCAGGAAAGGCUAGGACUGUUUAAACUAGCUUUCAUAGACUUCACUGUACGCCGACGGUCAGAGUUCUUCCUAGUAAAUAUGUUCGCGCCAAUACUCAUAAUUCUUCAUUUGAAUACAUUUGUGUUCCUCCUGCCCGCAGAUGCUGGUGGUCGCACUGAGUUCUCUAUGACUUGUAUCCUGUCUACAGCAGUUUUCAUGACAGCUGUUAGCGACCAGCUUCCGGCCUCCUCCCUCCCCUUAUCAAGUCUGACUUAUUUCCUCAUGAACAUGCUGAUUCUUUCUACCGCAGUAGGCAUAUUGAACAUCAUAUGUCUGCGGUGUUACUUCACGAACAAGACCGAACAGGUACCAAAGUAUCUAAGCAGGCUAGUAGCCUCAUGGCAAUCCAUUAUCAAGAACCUUAAGAAAUGGGAAUGUUCACGAAGCAAGGCAAGCGAUUCAGACAGAGACUCGCCUGAAAACAAAGCCGUCAAUGAAGAACAAAUUGAAGCGAUACGUACUGAUGAAACAUGUGUGUCCUCUGAAGAGAAGACAUUAGAGGAAGUCCCAAUUGAGCCGCCUUGGCGCAAAGUUGGACAUUUCCUGGACAUUAUUUUCUUUGUGGUUACAAUCACUUUGGCAAUUUUAAUAUCGAUGAUAUUUUUCAUAAGUACUGCGCCUUAGAAACAAUUUGAAAACCACCAUAAAUGUGUUGAACAAUAUAUAUUUUAUUGUAUGUCAUUCCAUGCCUUUGUUUGUGAACUUGUGUUUGAUUUUCAUUAAGGUAAUGUUCAAUGACUAUUAUUACAUGUAUCAAUACUAAUUUAUAAUUAAGAUAUAAUAUGUAUGACAUGACACCAAUACGGUAUGUAAAAAAACUGAAUAUACUGUUUAAA